AUGGCUUUGAAAAGGAUUAACAAAGAACUUGGGGAUCUUGCUAGAGAUCCCCCAUCAUCAUGUAGUGCAGGGCCAAUAGGGGACGAUUUGUUUCAUUGGCAAGCAACAAUUCUUGGCCCAGGGGAUAGCCCAUAUUCAGGAGGGGUUUUUUUUUUAGCUAUUCAUUUCCCGACUGAUUAUCCUUUUAAACCACCGAAAGUCAAUUUUACAACAAGAAUUUAUCAUCCAAAUAUUAACAGUAAUGGGAGUAUUUGUCUAGAUAUUUUGCGUGAUCAAUGGUCACCAGCAUUAACAAUUUCUAAAGUUCUUUUAUCAAUUUGUUCUAUGCUUACCGAUCCAAAUCCUGACGACCCACUUGUACCAGAAAUUGCACAUGUCUAUAAAUCUGACAGGUCAAGAUACGAAGCAACUGCUAAAGAGUGGACACGCAAAUAUGCUAUUUAA